UUUAGUUCGACUCGGAACUACUCUUUUAAAACACCGACGAAAUGAGUUACUCUUGAAAUGAAGCUCAGUGCAUAGUCACCGCUUCAACAAGCAUAGAUAAGUUCCCUAUAACUUAUUUUCGUAACAGGUUCAGUGAUGGCGAAACAGUUCUUGGAUCCCGUUCAAGACGUCGAAUAAUUGAAUAAUUUAGUUUUUCCCUGCUCGACAUGAACCAGAUAGGAAGCUGCGAUCUGUGCGAGAAACCCGCAACUCAAAGAUGCGGAGGGUGCUACAAGAUCUUCUAUUGUUGCAAGGAGCAUCAGAAGGCGGGAUGGAAAGAACAUAAGCAAUGUUGCCGGCCAUGUGAGGUUGCUGAGGAUGAUCGCCUCGGCCGGCAUCUGGUGUCGACAAAACUAAUCAAAAAUGGCGAAAUUAUAUUCAGGGAACGUGCCAUGAUACAAGGACCAGCUCAAAUUACCAUUCCUGUUUGUUUAGGCUGUGGAAAAGCAAUAAAUGAAUCUAACAGUCAUCCUUGUACAGAAUGCGGAUGGCCUAUGUGCAGCGAGAUAUGCCAAAAGAAUCCAAAUCACAUACCAGAAUGUCGUUAUACCGUACAACGUGGUGAUAAGGUUUCCAUCAAAAACUUUGGGAUGAUCCAUCCGAUCUACCAAUGCGUUACAGUAUUAAGAUGUUUGUACCAGAAACAAUUUCUACCAGAAGUUUGGGCCAAACUAGAAAAACUUCAAUCACAUUCUGAGGAGAGAAAGAAUACGCCAAAAUAUAAAAAUGAAAGGGUCCAAGUAGCUGAGUUUAUCAGGAGGUUCUUCAAGUUGGAUCAAAUUUUCACUGAGGAAGACAUCAUGGAAAUUUGUGGUAUUGUGAUGGUGAAUUGUCAUGAAGUACCCUUAGGCGAUCCACCAUAUAUCGGAAUCUAUGACACCUGCUCAAUGCUCGAACACAGCUGCAGACCUAAUUGCAGCAAAAGCUUUGCUAACGAUGGCAGCAUAGUUUUGGUGGCAUCAGAGGACAUAGAGAGGGGUGAUCAUCUCAGCAUAUGCUAUACUGAUCCACUCUGGGGAACACCAAAUAGAAGACAUCAUUUAUAUGAAAGCAAAUUUUUCUGGUGUAGUUGUCCACGAUGCUCUGACACAACAGAAUUUGGGACUCACUUCUCUGCAAUGAAAUGCCGAAAAAAGAACUGUGGAGGAUAUCUACUUCCAAAAACAUUCCUUGAAAAGACAGACAAUACCAAAAAUUCUGAUUGGCAUUGUGAAAAAUGCGAAGAAACCGCCUCUUGUUUCUCAGUACAAGAUAUUCUUGAGAGAAUAGGGACUGACAUGAUUGAGUUGCCGAAAGGAGAUCCUGAAGCGCUCAAGAAAUUCAUAGAUUUAAACAGUUUGUAUCUGCAUCCCAAUCAUUAUUUUUUGACUGAAAGUCGACUAGCCUUAAUACAAAAUAUUGGACAAAGCGAGGAUGGUUUGGUCAAUGUUUCUGAUGAAAAUUUGGAUAUCAAGGCUAAAACAGCUGCUCAAUUGUUGAGCUUGUUCAGUGUGUUAACUCCAGCUGAGAGAAGAUUAAGAGGAAUGGUGUUUUUCGAGCUUCACGCUGCAGUUUCUGAAAUGGGUAGAAGAAGUUUUGAACCAAAUAUCAUGCAUUCCAGGCUUGAGGAAGCCAAAAAGUACUUGAACGAAUGUAUCGAUCAGUUGAAGAAUGAACCUAGUUGUUUACCAGAAGGACAAAUCUUGAAUCAGGCGAAGCAAAAUUUGAAAGACAUCGAUGUAAUCCUACAGAAAAUCCAGAACAAUGGAAGUGAUUCUGUCCCGGUUAUUUUAUAGCUUUGUUAUUCUAUAAAUGAAAGAAUGAAUAUUAAAUGGUUUAAGGAA